UGUCACUCUUAAAAAUUCCGGUCGUCCCCAGUCACCAUUCGAAUUUUGUCAAUAAAUUUGAAAAAAAAACUUGUCCUUGUACUGUUAAUUAAUUUAAAUACUUAUUUAAUUAGUGAAGCCGUGAAAGAAUUUGAAAAAUGAGUGAAACUGAAGAAAAUAUUUUCAUAUUUGUGCCAAAUAUUAUUGGAUAUGCCAGGAUUAUACUGGCAGUUAUUGCCUUUUACUUUAUGCCGACAAACCAUAUUAUCGCCUCUACUUGCUACAUAGUUUCGGCUUUACUUGAUGCAUUCGAUGGACAUGCUGCAAGAUACUUUAAUCAAGGAACCAAAUUUGGCGCAAUGCUGGAUCAGCUAACUGAUAGAUGCGGUACCAUGGGGCUAGUAGCAGUACUUGCUCAUUUAUAUCCUAAAUACAUGUUCCCUCUAUUGCUCUCUAUGUGCAUCGACAUUGCAUGCCAUUGGAUUUAUCUGCAUUCGAGCAUUUUGCAAGGAAAGCAAAGUCACAAGUUCAUCGAUAUGUCUGAGAACCCUAUAAUGAAUAUAUAUUAUACAAACAGACAAGUUUUGUUUAUCAUGUGUGCCGGAAAUGAGGCAUUUUUUGCUGCACUGUACCUCCUAUACUUCACUGAAGGACCAAUAAUCAUAGGUCUAUCGCUCUUCAGGGUUAUCUUGUACCUUUCAGCUCCAAUUAUGAUAGGUAAAACUUUUAUAUCAUUGCUGCAUUGUGUGGUAGCCUCCAAAAAUCUUGCCAUUAUUGAUAUAAAUGAACGUAAAGCAUUGGCCAAGAAAAGUGAAUAAAUUGUUAGGUAAUACUGGAUAGAGACAACAAUGAGCUUAUCCAGUUGUAUUAACUUACCCAGAUAACACUUAAAAACUAAAUUUCCCUGUGUUGUGACAAGUACUUUCAUAAAAAGUGCAGAAUCUUUCAGAUUGAUGUUACCAAAAAAUCUUGAAUAAAAUAUUGUAUGUCUAGUCUGUUCUAUUUAGUAAGGAAAUAUUACGUUUAUUUUUGUCCAUUGUGAUGUUGCGCAUUUUUAAUUAUUAAUUUAUUCAAAAUAGAUCAUAUUUAUAUUUUAAGUACCCUUAGCUUAUAAUUAAUUUUUGCUAUUGUUUGUAGAUCAUAAAAAAAAGAAACAUUUAUUGUAUUGUGUUUUAAGAAAAUAAAACUUUAUUGGUUAUAAAAGAAUAUCAGAAAUAGAAAUACUUCAAAAAAAAAAUGCCUAAAAAUAGCUAAUGAUUUGAUCCUAUAGUAGCAAGCAGAAAUUGAAAAAAAAAGUUAAUAGUCUGGCCUUAAAGGUAACUUUCAGAGAAGAUCCUUCAAAGACCCUAAAAAAUAAAUAUCAAUUACUUGACAUGAGUUAAAGCCAAAUUUUUAAAUUUUACAAAGCAAAAGAAAAUAUAAACUUAAUAGUAAUAAUACCCAAAUGAAAUGGAAAACAAAAUAACAUUAUCUUAUUCGAGUAACUUUAAUGGGGAUAUGUUCACCAAACUUCAAGUCAUUUUUUCCAGGGUAAACUAGUCUAAGCUUUUCCUCUUGAUCUAAUAUCCGCACUUGCUGCACUUCCAGAUCUGUUCCGAGCAAAUUCACUAAUUCUUUAAUUAUUUCAUUUAACGCAGCUUUACAGACAACCUGCGUUAAAGAACUGGUCACUUCUAUAAAUAUUUGGGUCGUAGUUGGUUCAAUCU